AGGAAAGAGAGAAAUAGCCGAAAUCCUUGCCUCAUUUUUAGCUCCUUCCGUCCGCUUCCUGUCUUCCAAACCCCAAAACUCCCCAACAAGCAUGAACGAUGUGGUUUUCUGGCAUUGUUCGCCGCUCUUUCUCCACUUUUCUCCAACCUGAAUCAACAACUAGCAUAAAAUCCAUUGCAAAUGAUCUCUACAGAGAACGCAACCUCGAGCUCCUCGUCCACAAGUUCAAGAAGUCCUCCGAGCUUCGUCGUUUUCGCACCCGAGCUGGUAUUUAUGAAGACAUGGUCCGCCGGCUCGCCAAGGCAAAACGCUUCAGAUGGAUCGAGGAGAUCCUUGAAGACCAAAAGAAGUAUGAGGAUAUCUCUAAAGAAGGUUUCACGGUCCGGCUGAUCUCAUUAUACGGAAAAUCAGGCAUGUUCUAUCAUGCCAAAAGACUGUUUGAUGAAAUGCCAGAGAGAAGUUGCAGCCAGACUAUUCUUUCGUUCAAUGCACUUUUAGGAGCUUGUGUGAACUCGAAGAAGUUUGAUUUGGUUAAUGAGCUUUUUAAGGAGUUGCCAACGAAACUGUCCAUAGAACCAGAUUUGGUCUCCUAUAAUACAGCUAUUAAGGCAUUUUGUCACAUGGGUUGGUUUGAUUCGGCCGUUUCAAUGCUGGAUGAGUUGCAGACGCAUGGUGUGGAGCCAGAUUUGUUUACUUUCAAUACGCUUUUGAAUGGGUUAUACGGAAAGGGUCGUUUUUUGGAUGGUGAAAACAUAUGGGAUAGAAUGAAGAAGACUAACAUUGAUCCUGACAUUAGGAGCUAUAAUGCAAAGUUGAUUGGAUUGGCAUCACAGAAGAAAACCAUAGUGGCAGUCGAGUUAAUGGAAGAAAUGAAGACCAGAGAAGUCAAGCCCAACGCGUUUAGUUUCAAUGCUGUGAUUGAAGGAUACGUUAACGAGGGAAACUUGGAGGAAGCUAAGUGGUGGUACGAUAAUAUAGGAGAGAGAAAGGGUGCCCCAGGUAAAAGGACUUUCGAGAUAGUUGUUCCCUAUAUUUGUGAGAAGGGUGAGCUGGGCCUCGCCUUUGAAUUGUGCAAGGAGAUUUUCAGAAGAAGUUUCUUGGUUGAUGUUUCGUUAUUGCAGCUGGUGGUGGAUGGACUGGUUAUGGAGUCCAAAAUGAAGGAAGCUAAGAAGCUCGUGCAACUUGGAAAGACAAAUAGUUACUGUCGGUAUGACCUGACAUUGCCUUCAGUUGUUUAGUGCUAUGGCUUUCCUAUGUUUAUGUGAAAAUUGCAUCCAGGUGAAAGCGUGCAGUUGUUUUCCUGUUCAUGUAUAUCAGUUCAGCAGCAAGCAAAUCAAGAACCUCAAAUCGCUGCAGCAUAAUUCCCAUUACAGUUUUAACAUAUAUAUUGAAAUUCUUUAAAUCAUAA